AUGAUGGAGUGGUAUGUUUUGGUGUUGAUGCUGAGCUUGCCAACCUUGAGUCAGGCAGAUUGUUCAGCGCAAUGCCUGAGAUGCGCGCAACAGAUCCCCGACCUGGACACUGCAGUGAACCGCUUGACUUGUACUUUAGAAUGUGAAGGAGCGGUCCCAUCUUCUGGUACACUAGACAGAUGUGAGAAAGCGUUACAGGAGCUUUCAGAUGAAUUAGCGGACCUCGACCCAGACGACAACGGCGAGCGAAGCGCGCUAAACGCAGGGGAUCUCCAAGACAAGCCAAACCUGGUCAAACGAUACGGGGGAUUCAUCAAGAGGAUCGAUAAGAAUAAAAAUAAAAUUUUCGCUUCACCCUGGAAGGAGAACGCCAUUCUUAAAGGAUUGUUCUUGAAGAAAUACGGAGAAUCCCUCUCGAAACUGAGCGAGCGAGACGUCCCGUCGCUCACGGAAGACGACGAGGGCGACGAUAUUACGGCGGAAAACGAAACGGGACUUUACGACAACGAAGUUCCUUUGAAUGAAGUCAAACGUUACGGUGGGUUUCUUCGCAAAUUCGGUCCCAAAAGAAGCGACUUGGUGGACAACACCAGCCGGCAGGUGUUACAGAAGCGAUACGGUGGUUUUAUGCGAAGAAUUCGCCCGAAGUUGAGAUGGGACAACCAAAAGCGAUAUGGCGGUUUUUUACGGCGCCAUUUUAAAAUCUCCGUGCGCUCUGACGAAGAGCCCUCAUCACACGAGGACUAUGCUUUAUAGGCUGUUGUAUCAUAUAUAACUCAAUCAGAACUCAUUUUGCCUACGCAUUGCCCACCCCCCAAAAUGGCUGCUGACUUCUGGACGCUAUCAAUCAUCCACUAUCAACCUGUCAGUCAUGCCCUCAGGACGUUUCAGUGACCGACCACUUGUUGUUUCCAGUGAACUUUACCCCAUGUAAGCAAUCAAUAGCUACUGCAAAUAAUGCUUGUUUAAGACCAAUAAAGGGCAAGACCAUUACCUGCUAACAUUGUUCGGGUAAUGUUUUGUGUGACUUUUUUCCCUCCAAUUUAAAUGUUUUUUUUCGAGCACAUUACAAUAAAUUAAACAUGAAAUUGCA